UGUUUUUUUUUGCAAAAAGUUAAACAAAAUUCAAAAUUUUUUUUUGUUUAAAAAGAAAAACAAACUAAAAGGAGAAGAAUUAUUAUCAAUUUGGCUGUUUUUUUAAGCAUCAAUUUCUUAACAAAUUUGGUUUUGAAAUCGUAUUUGGAUUCAACAUAUUUUAUUUCUUGGCGUUAAUUAUUUUUAUUAUAACACAACAUGGAUCCUCAACAACAGUUUUGUUUAAAAUGGAACUCGUAUUCAUCAAAUUUGGCCAUUACGUUUUCAAAUCUCUUCAAAUCCGAUUUAUUAGCAGAUGUAACAUUGUCAUGUGAUGGCACAGUUUUUAAGGCUCACAAAUUAAUAUUGGCAGCAUGCUCGAAAAAGUUUGCCGAUCUCUUCGAGACCACACCCACAAAUGGCCAAUGUGUGGUUAUAUUAGAGGCUACAUCGUCCGAUAACAUGGCUGCUUUGCUGGAGUUUAUGUACAAAGGUGAAGUGCAUGUAUCACAAGAGGCUCUCAACAGUUUUCUGAAAUCUGCCGAAAAUUUACAGGUAAAAGGUUUAUCAACAGAAACAGGCCGUUUGGCAGCACAACAAGCCCAACAACACAUUGAGUCUUCGGCUCUGGAAUCGCCCAAUGGUCGCCGUAGCAUACGCAACAGCAUAAGCGGCGGCAAUGGCAAUCUUAGUGGUUCCGGCCUUGGUGCUGGCAAUAUGAACAGUCCCGCUGGUGGCAUUAAUGCCCCGGGCGGCGGUGGAGGCGGCGGUAUAGGUAUGCCGGAUCGCUGUCCUAGUACUGGUGGCAUUGUCACAGGUCCCCCCGGCGCCGUAAAUUUUGGUAGCAACAACAAUAUAGGUGGUGGUUCUGCCGCUGGUCUAGGUAGUGGUGCUGGCGCCGCUCACCAUCUCGGUGGUUCUACCAAUAGUUUGAAACAAGAAUGCGAUUCCCUUAUGCACCCGAGCAGCUCAACGGUGGGAGCUAUGCCUUCAUAUGUGCCGCCCAUGUAUCAUCGUCCCAUGUCCUAUGAACCACUGCGCAAGCGUGCCCUCCGUAGCCCCUAUGCCGAACAGGAAGUCCGUGGUAGUGUGCUACGCGAUGGCUCCAAAAAUCCUUCAGAAUGUCCCAGUCCCAUAAGCAAACCUCCCUACCACAGGCCAUCGUCGAGCGCCUCUUCAAACGCACCUACCGAAGCAGACACCAUGCACUCGGAGAGAGCAUCACCGCAGUCAAGCCGUUUUGAUAAUCACAGUCCCAGCACUACGGGCGGCAAUGGUAAUGUGCCCAGCAGUUUGGAUAGAUCUGUGAAAUCGGAGCGUAACAAUGGCAGUACAAAAGAGGCUAAUAACGAUGAUGAUCAUGACGAUUUGGACGAAUCAAGAGAAAAUUGUGCUGAAGAUUUAAGAGUGAAAUUGGAAAAUUCAAAUUACUCACCUCCACCACCACCCACCUCAAUUACCUCACCCACCACACCUAGCGCUUUGUUGGAGAGUCUAAAGAAUGCUGAUGGUACAUUACCCGGCAGUUUAGCGGCUUCAAUAGCUCCCGCCGAUAUGUUAAAUGUCUGGAAUGCCACUAAAUUGAAUAAUAAAAACAGUGGCAUGGUGAAUACAGCUGAUGGCAAAAAACUCAAAUGCUUGUAUUGCGAUCGUUUGUAUGGUUACGAAACAAAUCUAAGAGCCCACAUACGACAACGCCAUCAAGGCAUACGAGUUCCCUGUCCAUUCUGUUCGCGCACCUUCACCCGUAACAACACCGUACGCCGUCACAUUGCUCGCGAGCAUAAACAAGAGAUCGGUUUAAGUGCUGGCGCCACCAUUGCACCAGCAUCGGUAGCUGCCGCUGCAGCAGCGGCCGCGAAUCAUUCACAAUAGGAUGCGGCCGCAACAGCGGCGGCAGCAGUAGUUAUGAGUGCACAAAAGGAAGAGGCUAAACAACGUAAACGUAAAUCAUUGAAAAUGGCAUUGGAGAAAUGCAUGCAGAGGCGGGAAGCGGCAACCACAACAACAAACAACACCACCACAACAACUACACAUACAAAUAUGAUGAACACAUCUUUAGCAAUGUCCACAUUUACUUCGUCCUUAUCAUCUACAGUUACCACAACAGUGGCUAAUCUAUCUACAACAACAUCAAGAGAUAUGUUAAGUCCAGAGGUUUCGUUCAAUCUUCUAGCUAACAAAGGCCCCGAAGUGACCUCCACCCCUCAGAAAUUGGCAAAAGAUUAUUCCACCCAUGAAAUGGAAAUUUUAGAAACCACCGAAACCGAAACAUCCCUGGAUACAUCCGCCGAGGUUAAUGCCUCAGAUAUGUGUGAAUCCAGGGAAGAAGAGGACUUGGAAUCAGAAACUUCCAUUAAUAGUACAACUGCCAAAGAAACCACACAACAACAACAACAGGAGGACAAAAUCAUGGAGCAGUACGAUGACAAACCUCUUGAUUUUACUAAAUCACCCACAAAAAAACUUCAAAAUGAUGAUAACGAAGCUAAAGAUGUUGAAGAAUAUUUAAAAUCAACUGCCGUUAUUAAAGAAAUUAAAACGCCCUCGAAAGAUAAUGAUAAUGAACAGGUUAAGGAUAAUGACCUGAAAAAUGCCGCCUCUUUAAAAGAAAACUAAUUGCACUCGUCAAACAAAAAUUUAAAACUACUGUUGCAACUGCUGUUGCUGGGUAAAAAAACUAAAACUGAAACCUAACAAACUCAACAAAUAAGUUUGUAGGGCGUUAAUAGCAUAUGAAAAACGCCAAAAUGAUAAAAUGUUCUAAAUCUAAACUAAAGCCUAAAAGCAUUUUAUAUUUUAAUUUUCUGUUUGUAAAAAUAAUAGUGUUUUCUUUAUUAGUUUAUAUAAAAAAGAAAACCAACCAUUUAAAUACUUUUCGUUUUCUAAACAAAUUUUUAUGUUUAUUGUUGUUUCAAACUAAUUAAAUAAUAAUUUUUAAAAAAAUAUGAAAUCGUUAAAAGAAUUAUAGUCAAAGAAAGUAAUAAUACUAUAAAACAAAAACAAAACAAAGAAAAAAUAAGUGAAUCCGACUGAAAAAUCGUUUUCAGGGUGCUAAUUUUUUUUUAAAUGGAAAUAAAAAAUAACUUAUGUAUUUUUUAUACAAAUUGAAAAAGGAAUAAUACGAAACAAAUGCAAAAGAUAUUAAAGUGAACUUCUUUUUUUUUAAACAAAAAA